AUGGCUUCUAUGACUGCUUCGAGGGUUCACACCGCCACAACUCCAGUACACUCCACUGUCUGGCAGAACAAGCUCAUAAAUGAAUGCAGAAGCCGUGGCCUCCGUGCUCCCAACUUCCAAGAAUGUUCUGACAGACGUGGUGGCCGUACUGCUUGGUCCAGUGUGGUCGAGGUCAACGGAUGCAAGCACCAGGCUCGCUACUGGUACGACGGAGACUGGGUCAACAACGCUCGCGAGGACGCUGCAGAAGUCGCUCUUCAGCGCAUGGGUGUGGUUCCUGUACCUCGCGGCCCUCAUGCCCGUCUCCUUGGCUCCAUCAGCGUGUAA